AUGUAUGGGGAUGCAGACAUUUCUGGUGGAAAAAUUGGUCUGACAUCGAAUGGAGAUUCCAUAAGCUCCGGAUCUUUAAUCUAUAAGGAAGGAUUUCGCUGCCCUUGUCACUUUCGGACAUUUUUCACCUUUACCACGGAGACCGUGAAUUCGAUGUCCCAGAGCAAUGGAUUUACUUUCUUUAUUUCAGCGAAUCCCGUGAUUACGGGGAAUGCUGGGGAGUAUUUGGGUAUAUACCGCCCUUCGGGGAAGAAUCGAUUUUUGGCGGUCGAGUUUGAUGGGAAGAUGGAUGCUGGGUUGAAGGAUCCUGAUUCAAAUCAUAUUGGAAUCGACCUUGGAAGUUUAAUUUCAUACUCAAAGGCAAAGUUGGAUGAUUAUGGAAUAAAUCUUCAUUCUGGACGACGAUUAUGGUCAUGGAUUGAGUACGAUCGGGGAGUGAUCGAUGUGUUCUUGAAUCAUACGAAGGUUAAACCAACAUUGCCGAUAUUAGAAGUCAGAAUCGACAUCUCAUAUCUUGACGGUUUGGUAUUCGCUGGGUUUUCAGGUUCCAGUGAUCCCGAUUCAGAGCGGCUCUUGAUAGAAACGUGGGAGAUGGUGGCUACCUUUGUAGGGAACGAGGAACCUCCACCACCACCUGAGACUUCUGAUCCCGUUAAUGGAAGGCCUUGCGGGACGUCAAAAUUUAGGAUUCUUGUGGCCUGUCUCUUCUUUUUGGUUAUCUUCUUAGGCUUUAUUGCUUGUAUAUAUAUUAAGAAAUGCAAUACCAUUAAUAUAAAGAAGUUUUGGAUGUUUGUAGAAAAGUACAAGACUUGUGAUCCUAAGAAGUUGUGGAAAGAGAGGGCCUGGUUGAAAGUCAAAAUACCCAGGGAGCAUCAGUAUGAAGAACUGAAACACCUGAUGCAGUAUUCUCCGAGAUGGUCAAUGGAAUUUGCUGUUAUUGUUGAUAAUGACAGGUUUAAUUUGGAUGUUCAACGAGUCCUUGAGUUGCGCCAUUUUAUGCGCAAAUAUUUCCAAAUCAAAACUUUGCAACAGGAAAACUUAGCUCCUGUUUGUGGUUGGACUAGUUGUAGUGGAGAAUUGAGUGUGGUAUAUGACUUUACUGGAUGUCUCCCUCUUGAUCGACUUCUGUACGAAGGAUCUGGACUAGAAUGGCAUCAUAGAUACUGGAUAAUUGUUAAAUUGGCAGGUGUAUUGACAUUUUUACAUGAGGGAUGCAAGCAGGUCCAUGGAAAUAUCAGGACAAGUAAUAUAAUGCUGGAUAGAAGCUUUAAUAUUAGGGUUGGCCAUUUUAAAGUGUCAAGUUUACUUGAUGAUUACAGCAGUCAUUGUUCAACAGUUAAUGCUGAAACUGGAUAUAUUGCUCCUGAAUAUUUUCUAAAUGGAAAAGCAACUUCUAUGACUGAUGUUUAUAGUUUAGGCAUUGUUAUACUUGAAAUUGCUUGUGGCAGGAAACCGUUUCAAGGACAAUGUGAUGGGAAGAAAAGAUUUUCUUUGGUUGAGUGGGUUAGCAGACUCGAUUUGGAAGGAAAGAUCCUUGAAUCCGUAGACAAGAAAUUGAAGUGUCAAUUUAGAAAACAAGACAUGAAGAAACUGCUACUGGUAGGUUUAAGAUGUGCAAAUCCAAACUGUACAGAAAGGCCUCCUAUGACUCUGGUCGUCAAGAUGUUAAGCAAGGAGGCAGAGCCUGUGCCUUCGCCCAGAAAAAAGCCCUUCAACCUUCUAUUAAAGCUUUCCAAUAGACGAUGA